AUGACGGCUAUCUCGGAUGCUUUUUUGAAUAUUCCCUACAAGUACUGGAGUCUGGUGACUCUAGUCAUCCAGAACAGUACACUAGUAAUAGUCAUGCGAUACACACGUAUUGGUCCAAAGGAAGACUGGUAUUCUACAGCGACUGCGGUUUUCAUGGCCGAGCUUAUCAAGUUGGUACUAUCUCUGUGGUUUGCAAUCAGAACUCAAAUAGCAGAAAAGAACAAGUUUAAUGCGUACGAUCUUUACAGCGAUGUAUUCGCUGCAGACGCAUGGAAAUUAAUGAUUCCGGCAGCACUGUAUACUAUCCAAAAUAACUUGCAAUAUAUCGCCGUCACUUUCUUGGAUGCUGCAACGUUUCAAGUCACCUAUCAAUUAAAAAUCCUCACCACUGCUUUGUUUUCCGUGUUGAUGCUCAAACGGACGCUAAGCGGCAUGAAAUGGAUAUCGCUAGUAAUUCUCACCAUUGGUGUGGCAUUGGUAUCCGUGCCGAGCGGUCAUAAGGACGAUGAUAAGGUCUCUAGUAAGGAUAAGGGAUUAGAACAAUUUGUUGGGCUUGGAGCGGUUUCGGUUGCAUGUGUGUUGUCGGGUAUUGCUGGUGUAUAUUUCGAGAAAGUUUUGAAAGAAAAGAAGGACAAGAAACCUUCCGUCUGGGUUCGAAACAUUCAAUUAUCCUUCUUCUCGCUGUUCCCUGCAUUGGUUUUGGGUGUUUGGUGGAAAGACGGCGAUCUAAUCAGCAGCCGCGGUUUCUUCUUUGGCUAUAGUCCUGUUGUAUGGAGUGUUAUCUUGUGUCAGGCUAUCGGUGGGCUUAUUGUAGCAAUGGUCGUUAAAUAUGCUGAUAAUAUUCUCAAGGGAUUUGCAACAUCAAUUUCUAUUAUUCUUUCGUUCAUUGCUUCGGUUAUUCUUUUUGCAUUCCCUGUUACGUUGGUAUUUCUUGCCGGCUGUGUUUUGGUCUUGGUCGCUACAUAUAUGUACAGUCAACCAGAUGUUCCGAAAGAUUAUGUGAGUCUUGCUGGCCAACUGCAGAUGGAUACAUUUAAAGAGGACGAGUCUGGUGAACGUGUUAAAGCCGAAAUGCGGCCAGUAUGA